AUGCCUGCUUUCACCUGGCAACAGAAGGCCUCGGCCAAGCAAACCGAAGCCAAGGCAAGAAUUCCUGCGGAAUGGCACUUGCCGGCAGAAUUGCCCCAGAAGACCUCUCGUGAUAAGCUCUCAGUCUUGGAUAUCCCCAAGACAUGCGGCCUCCUCACUGACCGAGAGCUUUUUAUCACAGAGAGCUUUGAUGCUACGGCACUACGCGACAAGCUCGCUCCAGGAGAAUUUAGUGCUGUCGAAGUGGCCACUGCCUUUUGCAAGCGUAGCGCUAUUGCGCAGCAACUCACAUGCUGCUUGACCGAGACCAUGUUUCCUAUGGCCCUGGCGCGAGCCCAACAACUAGACGAGUAUCUGGCUCUUCACGGCAAACCCGUAGGACCCCUACACGGAGUGCCCAUCAGUCUCAAGGAAACGUUCAACGUGAAGGGAGUACCGUCUUCUCUUGGGCUGGUAUCGUUUCUAGGACAUGAACUAGCCACCAAAAACUCAGUGUUGGCCGACAUCCUACUGGCUGCGGGUGCCGUGUUCUACGCUAAGACAAAUGUACCCCAAACCAUGAUGACGGCCGAUUCUCAUACCAACGUCUUUGGUCGAGUUCUGAACCCCAUCCAUCUCAACCUCACAGCCGGCGGCAGCAGUGGUGGUGAGGGGGCACUGGUGGCCAUGCGCGGAUCUAUUUUGGGUAUAGGAACAGAUAUUGCGGGCUCUAUCCGCAUCCCUGCCUUGUGCUGCGGCAUAUUUGGCUUCAAGCCUUCCGUGGGUCGCGUGCCUUACGCCAAACAAGCCAGCGCAGGCCGUCCCGGCAUGACUGGUAUUGCCCCCGUGGCAGGUCCGCUGUGUCACUCCGCCCGAGACGCAGAGCUGCUACUAAAGGUCGUUUUUGAUGCUCAUGCAGAUGACAUGGACGACAACGCUCUUGGCCUCGCCUGGAGCGAUCCAGCACCUCGAUCCAGCGACACCCUUACCGUCGGCCUCUUCCCUGAGGAUCCCAAGACUCCUCUCCAUCCCAAUAUGCAGCGCGUGCUAGAAGAAGCUGUAGGGAAGCUCAAGGCAGCGGGGCAUCGUAUCGUGGACAUUUCUUGCAAACUCCCUUCUCUGACAGAUGCAGCUGAUAUUUCGUUUAAAUUCUUCCGCAUCGACCCAGACAAGACUGUUUUAGGCCAUGUCUCCAAGAGCGGCAAACCUUUCAUCCCAUCGCUUCGGUUUACCUACGAUUUGACCGGCAAUGAACCCGAGCCUACCCUUCGUGGGCUCUUCGACCUUAAUGCGGCGCGAGCUGAGAUCACAGGCCAGAUGCGAAAGGUCUUCGUUGACAACAAACUAGAUGUGAUUCUAGCACCAGGAUACCAAUCCUGUGCUGUCCCGCAUGACAGCUUCGGGGUCCCAGUAUACACGGUGAUUGGGAAUAUGAUCGACUACCCUGCCUGCGUUAUCCCAUUCGGGCACGCCAAUGAGGUUGCCGAUGCCAAAUUCGUGCGAGACGUUACCUAUGUUCCGAACUAUCUUCCUAAGGAGGUGGAAGGCGCCCCAUGCCAUGUGCAGCUCAUUGGUCGUCGACUGAAGGAUGAAGAAUUGAUGAAGCAUGCUAAGGUGGUUGAGCAAGUGUUGUCCAAAUGA